AAAAAUCUCUCCGGCGAUGGAGGGCAUAGUUCAUUCUGGAAUGGAAAUAGAAGCAUUGCCGGUAACGCCCUUCAAAGUCCUUCACAUUUGUCGUGGCGCGUUUGUGAGUGUUGGAUGCCCGCAGAUCAACGGCGCAUGACGGGCGGGCAAUUCAUGCAAGCAGAGACUUAGAGGGGAUUGGAAUUCUUUCCUUCAUUCAUUUUCCAUCUGUACUGGUUGGGCGGCGGCGGCGCCAUAGCCAUUCCGACCCUAGGGCAGCGCUCCGGCACGGGAAUGGCGCUUUGCCCGGAGUAGUCGCCGGCGGCAUGGCGCUGCGGCGCCAUAGCUAGGGCUUGAGGUAGGGUAUGGCGCUUGAGGAGACUGUCGAAAUCUUGUCUCGCUUUCGCCGCCCUGGAGCCGUCUGUGGAAGCGCUUCGGUCGUCGGUGGCCAAGUCGCCACUGGCGAUUGAUGAGGCUGCUUGGAGGAGUAGCGCCGCCAGUCCGAGCAACGCAGGUACCAGUAGGGGUAGUGGGAGCCGAAUGGGUAGCACUGAGGAGUCGGAGCGCAAGCGAAGGCAUUCCAACAAUCACACGUCUCUCUCGCCACCGCCAAAGAAGCAGCAGCCCAUGGCUCCAGUUUUAGAGGAGAGAAAGGCGGACCCGGGAAUGCUUCAGUACCAAAACCAGCAACUCGCUCAGAAGCUUGACGCUCAAAGAAGUGAGAUACACGCUCUGGAGGAUAAGUUCAACCAGCUUAAAUCAAAACAAACUUCUUUUGAUGAGACGCUUAUUUCGGUGAAUAGGUGCUGGAAGGAGCUAGUGGAUGACUUGGAGCUACUAGCCGUAAAUGCUCAUCCUGAUGGUACUACCGAGCUACCGGUGCUGGAGGUAGCGCCGCCAGUGUCAAGUGUUGCAGAUAAGCCGGAUACAUCGUCCGUAAUUCCGGAGGAAACUUUUUUACAGCGCUUAGUUCGCUCCUCAGCAUCUACGGAAGGUGACACCCUCGAUGCGGCUUUAAACAGUAGAAGGGCCUCCACUGUGAAAACGAUGAGCUACAUAGUGCAGGUUAUUCAAUCCCAACGCGCUAAGCAUGACGAGCUCACCUCCAUGUUAAAGAAUCAACUAUCUUCUGAUGUUGCUGGAAAGGCCCUUCAAAAGGCUCAUGAUGAUUUGCUGGUUGAAACUCAAAGUUUGAGAACAGCGAUGGAAGCACUCCAUCUCAAGCAUAAAGAAAUUAGCUCUGCAAUGACGGCUAUGGAGGAUUCCCGCUUGAAGGAUCGAGCUGAAAUAGGAAGAUUAACUGGUGAGCUGGAAGAUACACUAGCAGAACUGGACACGAGUAGGCGAAAGCUCGCUGCUGCUUUAAGGAAUCAGAAAGAUUUGCCACCAGGGCCGCCAACACCUGGUGCUGUGACAAAAGAACCAGGGGAAAAGGGUGGAGUGUAUAAGACGUCGAAAGAUAUUAGAGAUCUUGAAGAGCUUUUAGAAAGAACUAAGGCUUUAUCGGAGUGCCGGCUCGUUGAUCUUCAAGAGGCACAUCAAAAGAAUCUCAACCUGGCAGAGCAACUACGCCGAUUACAGGAUUCUCAUAUUGACGAGCAACGGGUUAUAUCGUCGAGGCCCUACCUCCUACUCCAAGAUCAGUUGAAGUUCUUCAAGGCGGAACUCGACCGAUGCCAAGCAAAUGCGGAACGGUUUCAGGCUGAGCGUGAUAGUGCAUUACGACACGAGAAAGAAGUGAGCCUGAAAGCUGAAGCUGGAGAAGCUGCCCGGAGGGACGUAGCUGUUGCGGAAUCGAGGAUCACAGCUUUGGAGGCGAAGUUACAACAAUGUAUGGCCGAUAGAGAUGAUUUACAGCUAAGAGUCGAAGAAUUAAAUCAGCUUUCUGGAAGAAAGGACACUGUUGCGGAGCUCAAGCUAAUGAUAAGUACACUUCACAAGGAGAUGGGGAUGAUGCAACUGCAGCUUAACAAAUACAAAGAUGCUGCCCAUGAAGUGUGCAGUCUUCGAGCAGACUCCCAUUCUAUGGCAGCGGUUCUUGAAAGAAAGAAAUUCGAGUUUAAAAAUCUUUCGAAGAAGCUAGCAGAUCAGGCUAUUGAGGCAGACGUGUUCAAAGAAGAGAUUCGCGUUCUCAAAGAAAGCGAGCAGGAGUUGAAGCUUAUACUAGAUAUGUAUGAAAAGGAGUCAAUAGAAAGCAGGGAUAUUCUAGAAAUACAGCAAUCAGAAUGUAGAGCUCGAGCCCAAAUACAACGUUUACAGGAGGCCUUGGAUGAACACAGCCUUGAACUUCGCGUAAAGACAGCGAAUGAGGCGGAGGCCGCCUGCCAGCAAAGACUUGCGGCAGCUGAAGCAGAAAUUGCUGAACUUCGCGAACGCUUGGAUGUUUCUGACAGAGAUAAGAUGGAGCUGCUAGAAACUAUUAAGGCAAAAAGUGAAGAAGGAGAUGCUUACAUAUCUGAAAUCGAGACUAUCGGGCAAGCAUAUGAAGACAUGCAGACUCAAAACCAAAGGCUUUUGCAGCAGAUAUCCGAAAGGGAUGAUUACAAUACAAAGCUUGUGGCGGAAAGCUUGAAAGCAAAACAGUUGCAGACCUCUCUUGUUGCUGAGAAACAGUCGAUAUCUGGGAAGAUGCAGCUUGCAACGUCUGCAGCCGACUUGCAAAAGCAAAGGGCUGCUCGUUUCGAAGAGCAGGUUCGUCUACAACUGGACCAGCUUACCAAGGCAGCUGAUGAGACUCGGCACAGUAAUUCAGCUGUGGAGGUCGCUCGGCGCAAAUUGGCGGAGGCAGAGAGGGAGGUCCAAUCGUUAAGAUCCGCUUUGGAAGUUUCUGACAAAGAGCUCCGAGAACGUGGAGAAAAGACGAACGAUGUCCUGGUAGUACUGGAGAACGAAAGGUUUGAGAAGAAGCAACUUGAGAAUGAACUGACCGUACUGAAAACCAAGCAUACCACUGCUCAAGAGAACGCACUGGUGGAGAAGCUGCAGGAAGAAGUAAACAAAUACAGGACGCUACUAAAGUGUAGCGUUUGCCACGACCGACAGAAAGAGGUGGCGAUUACGAAGUGCCUCCAUCUAUUCUGCAACCCGUGUAUUCAGAGGAAUCUGGAAAUAAGGCAUAGGAAAUGCCCGGGUUGCGGAGUAGGAUUUGGCGCGGGUGACGUUCGGCACGUCUACCUAUAAAAGCAUCGAUUCCUUCGUGUAGAUCUAUCUAGCUAUGCUACUGCUUUGGUGCUCGAGGUAACUUCCUUUGUUGCUGGAGGAGAUUUUGGGUUGUUACUGACUUGAAUAUAAGUUUCUGUGAAUAGUUUUUCUUUUCCAUACAA